ACGUGUUUCACGGCAAAUGUGGUGCCGCCUUCACUCCCUCUCUUUCUUGCUCUGUUUCCUCGAACAUGAUGACCGAUCUAGACGUGAUUACCGGUUGAUGCAUCAUCAAGCAAUAAAAUAAAAACGGAUCGAGAAAGACGGUGUACUGCAGUUCCCGGGUCUUUUUUAUAACUUUCAUUUCAGGUCUACCGUGUCUCCUUAUCUUUAUAUAGUAAGGCCGUCUUCACUAUUGGUCUUCGCAAUGCGAAAAGCAAUGUCUCUUUUGCAACUCUCUCUGAUAUGCCUCUGCUCUUUCCUCUCCUUCUACACUGCCUCCUCUGCCUCUUCAGCCUCCGCUCCUCGGCUUGACGGGUUGCUCCGCAACGGAGACUUUCACUUGGCACCCAAACCAUCAAACCUCAACAAGACCGUCAUUAUUGGAAAGUACUCCCUCCCGAACUGGGUAAUCAACAGCCAUGUCGAGUUCGUCUCGGGCGGGCCACAGCCAGGCGGGUUCUACCUAGCGAUUCCCCGCGGGGCCCAUGCAGUGAGGCUGGGCAAUGAGGCGUCGAUCUAUCAGUAUGUGAGAGUGAACCCGGGCUUGAUUUACUCACUCACGUUCGGGGCCACGAGGACUUGCGCCCAGGACGAGGUGCUGAGGGUCUCUGUACGGCCUGGUCAGGAGUCGGCAGACCUCGGGAUUCAGACGCUGUACAGCAGCAAUGGAGGGGACACUUAUGCUUGGGCCUUCAAGGCAGCUUCCAAGAUUGUCCGGGUCACGUUCCAUAAUCCCGGGAUCCAGGAGGACCCUGCCUGCGGUCCCCUGUUGGAUGCUAUUGCCAUCAAGGAGAUUCCUUCCCUGAAAUACGAUAAAGGCAAUCUCGUAAAGAACGGAGGCUUCGAGGUGGGGCCCCACGUGUUCAAGAACUUCUCCACCGGCAUCCUCCUCCCUCCACGACAACAGGAUAAGAUCUCCCCGCUCCCAGGAUGGAUCAUCGCGUCCCUUAAGCCCGUCAAGUACAUCGACAGCCGCCACUUCCAUGUCCCCUCAGGCCUUGCUGCUAUCGAGCUCGUCGCCGGACGCGAGAGCUCUAUUGCCCAACACAUCAGCACAGUCCCCAACAAGACCUAUGAUCUCAGCUUCACUGUCGGAGAUGCUAAGAACGGCUGUCAUGGAUCGAUGAUGGUGCAGGCUUACGCAGGAGCAAUGUCGAUCCAGGUCCCGCUGAAUUCCACAGGUAAGGGCGAGUUCCGAAUGGCGAGGAUGAGGUUCAAAGCGACAUCGACAAAGACAGGGUUGACCUUCUACAGCUUAUAUUACCAUACAAAGCUUCAUGACUACGGACACUUGUGUGGGCCCGUGUUGGACGAUGUUAGAGUCGUCCGCGUCUCGUAAUCUGCUUGAUGGAGUUAAUGCCGGAGGCACAAGAGCAAAUUCUUACUUUGCUUGACACAUAUUCUUCUUUUCCCGCGUCUCGUUCUUUGAACUCUUCCCCUUUCAUACAGAAUCUGAGAAAGAAUCCAAUAAUCUACAAGAUGUACAUUGAUCUGCGGCUACUCCUGUCUAAGAUCCGACAUCUAUCGAUGUAGCUGAAAGUACUUUAUUUUCGAUUAAUAAAGAAAAUGCGCUGGACUUCGUUUAUA